AUGCGCCACCAUGUGGAUUGUAGUGAAGAAGAGAUGGCGUGCUUUUGGGAAGAUCUGGAGCAGUACGUCCAGUUUUUGGAAGGAGAAGAACUUCUAAUCGGAGAAGACUUCAACGGACAUGUCGGUCCUCGGGAAGACGGGUUCGAGAGUGGUCAUGGAGGAUACGGCUAUGGAGCUUGUAACGACGACAGGUUGCGAAUCCUGGAGUAUGCUGUUGCAAGUGACUUGAUCAUUGCUAACACGCAGUAUCGGAAAAGAAAAUCGCAUUUGAUCACAUACACUAGGGGCGGUCGUCAAACACAAAUAGACUUCUGGAUGUUAUGCCGAUGGGAUCACCAACUUCUGCAGGAUUCAGAAGUCGUCUCUACAGACCAUGUCGCUGCCCAACACCAUUUGCUCGUUAUGGACUUGAAAAUCUUCCGUCCAAGGGAGAGACUGAAACACAGCGCAUCAAAUGGCAGAAUGUGA